AUGCUUCCCUCUUCCAAAUCCUCAUUAAAAGUUAAAGCUGUUGGUAUGCAUGGAAAUCAUCCCAAGAGUCCUACUAAUACUACUGCUGCUAUUUUUGAUUUCAGGAUUGUUUCUUUCAACCAAUUUGCUUGGGCCUUCCUCAUCGUACUCUUCCAUAUUGGAUUCAUCGUCCUAGUCUUGACUACUACCGCCUCUCGUGCUCCCACUCUUUUGACAACGGCAGCCCAAUUGUACUCAGCCACCCAUCCCCAAGUGCAGCAGCAGCAGCAGCAUGAAGUACCAGGGAAGCAGGUUAUUCAACAGCUGCAUGCUCCUCCUUCUGUUCAUCAUCCGGAUGAUGUUGUUGACCAUGUACAAUGUAGAUACGGAAAGGUUUACGUAUACGACGACCUUCCUCCAAUUUUCAACAAGAAACUGUUGGAGGGUUGCCGUAUAGACCACCGAGAACCCCAAUGCGUGGCGCUGUCCAACAGUGGGUUUGGGGCAGAAGCCGCGGCCGACCUCGCCAGAAUUGUCCCGCCGGAGCUUAGUCGAGCUUGGUACUGGACCCACAUGUUCGCGGGUGAUGUUAUUUUUCACAACCGGAUUCUAAACUACAAGUGCAGAACCAUGGAGCCGAAAUCUGCUGCAGCUUUCUACGUGCCGUUUUAUGCUGGACUAGCGGCGUCCAACAUUUUAUUCAGUGGCUACACUGCCAAAGAGCGAGAUGCACCCUUCUACACUUUCCUCGAGUGGAUCAAGGACCAAUAUUACUGGAAGAGAUCCAACGGUUCGGAUCAUUUCCUUGCCCUGAGUCGAACUUCGUGGGACUUUAAACGGGCGCGUGAUGAUGAACCCUGGGGAACAAGCUUCCUUCUCAUGCCCUUGAUGAGAAAAAUGUUCAGCUUAACACUGGAAAGAAGCCGGCAGGAUCCAACGGAAGUUAGCGUACCCUAUCCUACCGGAUUUCAUCCCAACACCUUCUGGGAAAUUGAGCAAUGGCAGGAAUUUGUGCGAAGUAGAAAGAGGUCGAGUCUCUUCACGUUUGUCGGGGGAAAGCGUGGAUUUACAAAGAACGACUUCAGGGCUUUGUUGAUGGAUCACUGUAACAACGAGAGUGAUUCUUGCAAAGCUGUGGACUGUGCCAGGACAGCUUGCUUGGAUGGCUCUACUAUGGUUCUUGAAGCAUUCCUGGACUCAGACUUCUGUUUGCAGCCCAGGGAAACUGUUGUUGGUCAGUACGAGUUGUUCAUGUCUGGUGAAUUGGAGUCUUUCUCGGUUUUUAUACACCGGAAUAAAGUAAGGAAUGGGACUUCGAUAAGGAAAAUAUUGGAGGGAUACACUGGAGAAGAUAUCAAGAGGAUGAGGGAAAAGGUAAUUGACAUGAUUCCAAGGAUUUCGUAUGGUUUUCCUGGCGGAGAACUUGGCAAUCACAGAGAUGCCUUCGAUGCAGCUGUGGAGGAAGUGCUAAGAAGAAUAGUUUCAAACUAG